AUGCGACAUUACCGCAGAAGCUUAGCCUGCCGCGCGGCGGUGGCAACGGCGGUGGCGGCGGCGGCGGCGGCGGCGGCAGCGGAGGCGGCGGGGGCGAACUCCCCGCGGCUCCGCUGUGGCGCGCGGCGCGCCUCCACACGCUCUCCCGCCAGAGCUGCGUCCACAGAGUCGCCGUCCUGCCCAUGUAGCGUCUCCACGCUCGGUGGCAGUCAGCCGGCCACAGGCGUCGACGUCAUUGGCACGUCGCAGAGGUGCGGCUCGGCGGCCGCGCUAGGCGGGCGCCGCCCACCUGCCUCCUCUUGGCAGCGGCGCCGGCUGCGAGCAUCGACCGCCCCUGCGGUCGGCCGGGCGGCGCUCUUAAUUAGGAUUCUUCUGGCGGCCGCGGGACAGCGCGCUCUCUCAAAUGCGCGGCGGCGGCGGCUGCGGCGGCGGCAGUGGCGGUGGCCCGCGUACCGCUAUAAUGGAUCAGCCGAGAAUUACCACCGGCAGAUGGGGCGCGCACGGGCGAUGUGUGUGAGCAGAGCGCCCAGAGACACAGAGCAAACACGGGCUCGCUGCGGAGUAAAACACCGUGAAAAUUUAAUAUCGCCGCUGGGGGUGGAGGCGGGGGCGGGAGCGGGGGCUGGACGGCGCCUGUCGUCCGGCGCUGAUAACUUUGCGGGUCCGCCGCCGCCGCCGUCGCACGCGGCGCUAGGCACGGCCGCGGCGUCGCGUGUCGCCGCCCUCAUUACGUGUCCUACCGCCCCCGCCGCCGCCGCCGCCGCCGCCAGCCCCUCUAAUUGA